CCCUUCGGAGCCCAGAGCAGCUCUGGCAGGCGCUGAUAAAGCCCACCGAGCGAGCAGGGAGCCCAGCCUUGCCUCCCUCCCUCCCUCCCUCCCUCGCUGCUCCUCCUCCUCCUCCUCCCUGCCUCCAAAGGCGUCCCUGGCAUCUGCAGCAUCUCCUUCCCUCGCUGGCGGCCAGGAUGAGGAGGGAUGCGCCUGCCCAGGACUGGAGCUCCUUGCACUGAGAGCCCCUUGCCGGCAGCAGCAGCAGCAGCACCAUGGCUCCUUCCCUCCUCCUCCUCCUCCGUCCUCUGCGGCGCCUCCUCCUCCUCCGCUGCUUCAGAUGACCGGGAUCCAGGAGAGCAUCAUGAGGAGGCCCCCCAGCCCUUGGGCUCCCUUCCCCGCCGGAGAGCAUCCCCAGAGACUGAGCCCCGCUGCCUCCUGGGCACCUGUCUGACCUGCUGGGUAAGGAUGCUGCCACAGUUGCCUUCCAAACCGGUGGAGAGCUAGGCUUAAAUGUGCAAGAAGGAAGGAAGGAAGACAGACAGACAGACAGACCUCGGUGCCUUUCCCCCCGCCUUCCCUUGCCCUCUGUGCUCCUUCAGCAUCACUGAUGCCAGUGAUGCCACCACUGGAGACCAAAUGUCAGAAUGGGACUCCUCGCUGGAGAGGCUGCCUUCCAUAGGGAGGGAAGGUCCUCUCUCAUCUCUGCCAGGAGCAGCUGCUUAAAUCCUGGAGGCAGAAAGACUGGGCUCCCCUCAUCCCAGCUUCUGUCCGGCUGCCUGGCUUGGCUCUCCAAGAAGGAGCCGGGUCCCUUUUAUCCUUGUUUGAUUUGGACUCAGCCGGUUCUUGAAACUCUUUUCUUGUCUGCUGCACCCCUCCUCGCCCAUAGGGUGAAAGAUACGUCUUGGAAGAGUUGGUCCUUGAGCCAACUCUUGAGAGAGACAGCCUAGAAGAGGUGGUCCUCAAGCCAGAUCUUGAGAGAUACAGCAUGGAAGAGAUGGUCCUCAAGCCAACUCUUGAGAUACAGCUUGGAAGAGGUGGUCCUCAAGCCAUGAGUAGAAUUUCCUGUGGGUGAUUCUCUCCCUCCCCUUCUCUUCUAGUUGUCACCCAAUCCCUCCCUCUUCUUCUCUGCCCCUGUAGGGCAUGUCCCGCUCCAACAGCGUGAGCCCUCCGGGGUUUGGAGCCCUUGCUGUGACCAGGGGUGGAGGUGGGGAACAGCACCGCUCUGCCUGGGGAGAAGCCGAAUCCAGAGCCAAUGGCUAUUCCUACCCUCUUCCUACCAGGGCCUCACUCAAGAAAUCUUCCCGGAUGGCUAACAGGUGGAGAAGCGAGGAGGAGUAUGAGCUGCCAGGCAGCAGGAACCAUGGGGUAAGUGGUUGCAGGAUGCUGAGCUUCAGGUCUAAGUCUGCCUGGCAGGAUCAUGGGGGUGACAAGAGCCAGCACUCCUGCCGGCCAGGGGACACCUCUCUGGGCACCAGUCCCAGGCGCUACGGCACAGAGCAAGGCGAGGUGCGUCCACGCUCUGUGGAACUGGGGUUGGAGGAGAAACGGAUCAAGGCCAAGAUCGAUGAGCUGGAGGAGGAGGAAGAGCGUCUGGAUGAUGAAAGGCGGUCAGAGAUGGUCUUCUCCAUGGGCAGCUGCUGUGGCAGCCUGCUGCAGAUCUUCAGGUCCAAGAAGUUUCAGUCAGAGAAGCUGGAGCACCUCUACCAGCGCUAUUUUUUCCGCCUCAACCAGAGUAGCCUGACUAUGCUGAUGGCCGUGUUAGUCUUGGUCUGUUUGGUCAUGCUGCUCUUCCACACGGUUCACGGCCACUACCAGGUGCCCUACGUGGUGGUGCUGUCCCUGGCAAUCCUUCUCAUGGUGGCCUUGGGUGCCGUCUGCAAUCGCAAUGAUUUCCACCAGGACCACAUGUGGCUCAUGUGCUACUCAGUUAUCCUUGUAGUGUUCGCUGUACAAGUGGUUGGCUGCUUGCUGAUGCAGCCCAGGAGUGCCUCCGAAGGCAUUUGGUGGACUAUCUUUUUUAUCUACAGCAUCUACACCUUGCUGCCGGUCAGGAUGAGGGCUGCAGUCAUCAGUGGCGUGGUACUGUCUGCCAUUCACUUGGCCAUUUCUCUCAAAAUCAAUGCAGAAGACAAGUUUUUACUGAAACAGCUGGUAUCCAACAUCCUCAUUUUCAUCUGUACAAACAUUGUAGGGGUGUGUACACACUAUCCAGCUGAGGUGUCCCAAAGACAGGCAUUUCAGGAGACCAGGGAAUGCAUUCAAGCCCGUCUACAUUCUCAGAGAGAAAACCAGCAGCAGGAGCGCCUCCUGCUCUCCGUACUUCCUCGCCAUGUUGCCAUGGAGAUGAAAGCUGAUAUUAAUGCCAAAAAGGAAGAUAUGAUGUUUCAUAAAAUUUACAUCCAAAAGCAUGACAAUGUCAGCAUUCUCUUUGCGGACAUUGAGGGGUUCACCAGUCUGGCCUCGCAGUGCACUGCUCAGGAGCUGGUGAUGACGCUGAACGAACUCUUCGCCAGAUUUGAUAAACUCGCAGCAGAGAAUCAUUGUUUACGUAUAAAAAUCCUAGGUGAUUGUUAUUACUGUGUUUCUGGGUUACCUGAGGCAAGAGCAGACCAUGCACACUGCUGUGUUGAAAUGGGAAUGGAUAUGAUAGAGGCCAUCUCACUAGUGCGGGAGGUGACAGGCGUCAACGUGAACAUGCGAGUUGGAAUCCACAGUGGGAGAGUUCACUGUGGAGUUUUGGGCCUCAGAAAAUGGCAGUUUGAUGUGUGGUCAAAUGACGUCACGUUAGCAAAUCACAUGGAAGCAGGUGGCAAAGCAGGGCGAAUCCACAUAACAAAAGCAACACUAAACUAUCUCAAUGGUGACUAUGAAGUGGAGCUGGGUUUUGGUGGGGAACGCAAUGCUUACCUCAAGGAGCAUAGCAUAGAGACCUUCCUCAUUGUACGAUGCAGCCAAAAAAGGAAAGAUGAGAAAGCAACAAUAGCCAAGAUGAAUCGUCAGCGCGCUAAUUCCAUUGGCCACAACCCUCCACACUGGGGAGUGGACCGAUCCUUUUACAAUCACCUUGGCAGUAACCAAGUUUCCAAGGAGAUGAAAAGAAUGGGCUUUGAAGAUCCGAAAGACAAGAAUAUUCAGGAAAGCAUGAAUCCAGAGGAUGAGGUGGAUGAAUUUCUAGGUCGAGCAAUUGAUGCCAGAAGCAUUGAUCGUUUACGUUCUGAACAUGUCCGGAAGUUUCUCUUAACAUUCAGGGAACUUGACUUGGAGAAAAAGUACUCCAAACAGGUGGAUGAUCGAUUUGGUGCAUAUGUGGCAUGUGCCUCCCUAGUCUUCCUUUUCAUCUGCUUUGUUCAAAUCGCAAUUGUGCCACACUCUAUAUUUAUGCUGGCAUUUUAUCUGACCUGUUUUGUGAUCCUGACCACCGUAGUGUUUGUUUCAGUUAUUUACUCCUGUGUAAAGCUUUUUCCAGCUCCACUCCAGACCCUUUCAAGGAAGAUUGUUCAAUCCAGGACCAAUAACACCAUUGUUGGGGUCUUUACCAUUGUUCUGGUUUUCCUCUCAGCCUUUGCCAACAUGUUCACAUGCAGUACUGUGGAUCUCCUCCAGUGUGUGGCCGAAGAAUAUAACAUCACCCCACAUGAAGUGGACAUGUGCCAUAUUAGCUUUUUUGCCUCCAAUAACAGCCUGGGAACAGCACAGGGAUUGUGUGCUGGCUCCCAGCCAAGCUGCAACUUUCCAGAGUAUUUUACCUACAGUGUCUUACUGAGCCUCCUGGCCUGCUCUGUGUUCCUUCAGAUCAGCUGCAUCGGGAAACUCAUUUUGAUGUUGGUUAUUGAAUUUAUAUAUGUCCUCAUUGUGGAAGUGCCGGGGCUUACCCUCUUUGAUAAUGCAGAUCUUCUUGUUACAGCCAAUGCCAUUGUGUUUACCAAUGGGACCUGGAAUGGCAUGUGCCCUCCAAGUGUGUCCCGGGUGGCCCUCAAGAUUGUGACCCCUGUCGUGAUCACAGUGUUUGUCUUGGCAGUGUAUCUUCACGCUCAGCAGGUGGAAUCCACAGCAAGACUUGAUUUCCUCUGGAAGCUUCAGGCCACUGAAGAAAAGGAGGAGAUGGAGGAACUACAAGCCUACAACAGACGGCUCCUCCACAACAUCUUGCCAAAGGAUGUAGCAGCCCACUUUCUUGCACAGGAGCGGAGGAAUGAUGAGCUGUACUACCAGUCGUGUGAAUGCGUGGCUGUCAUGUUUGCUUCCAUCAGCAACUUCUCAGAAUUCUAUGUAGAGUUAGAAGCCAACAAUGAAGGGGUGGAGUGCUUGAGGCUCCUGAAUGAAAUCAUUGCUGACUUUGAUGAGAUUAUAAGUGAGGACCAGUUUCGGCAGCUGGAAAAGAUCAAAACUAUAGGCAGCACGUACAUGGCUGCUUCAGGCCUUAAUGAUUCCACCUAUGAUAAAGCAGGCAAAACGCAUAUCAAAGCCCUGGCUGACUUUGCCAUGAGGUUAAUGGAUCAAAUGAAAUACAUCAAUGAGCAUUCGUUCAACAACUUCCAGAUGAAAAUAGGGCUCAAUAUUGGUCCAGUGGUAGCUGGGGUCAUAGGUGCACGUAAACCCCAGUAUGAUAUUUGGGGGAACACAGUGAAUGUAGCCAGUCGAAUGGACAGCACAGGUGUGCCUGAUAGGAUUCAGGUGACCACAGACAUGUAUCAGGUUUUAACAGUAAACAACUAUCAACUAGAAUGCCGAGGGGUUGUUAAGGUCAAAGGUAAAGGAGAAAUGACUACCUACUUCCUAAACGAAGGCCCACCAGCAAGUUAGCAGCAGUGGGCAAGAAUGACUCUCAAGAAUGGCUCAGUUUGAUUCCGACACCAUCGUUAAUUGGAGGAGAAUCUGCUGUUUAACAAUGAAUCUUAAUAUAAAGGCAAGACUAUGCCUUCCUAGCAGGAUUGUGUGCAAGGAGAAAAAACAGUUUGGGCUACAGAGCACAUCUUUCAGAAGAUAUCUAGCGCUGCUGUGGAUUCUUUUUUCCCCUUAAGCUAAGUGUUAAGUGAAUUGACCAAAGAUUUAUGCUUAAUGGAAUUUGAAGACACAGAUUUGAGAUCUUCAGUGAGGCUGCUACGCUGGACUUAAGAUAUUUAAGUAUUUAUUUGAAGUAACACAAUGUUUUUACUUGGUUGAAGGAAAGUAUGAUUCAUUGCAACAAAAGAAAAAAAAAUGAACAGCAUUACUUUGGAAAGGCUGUGCACUCCCAUACUAUUUCUGGUCUGCACUGUCAGCUCCUUUAUUAGGUGUUUGAGUUUGAAAAUUAAAAAUGCCACCCACUAUUACUGUAUACAAGGGGCCUUUCUAAUAGUGCCACCAGUAAGGCUUUUAAAUAGGGAAAAGAUGCCUUGUUUUAAGUAUGUUUGCUGCCCUACCCUUACACAGAUAUGAGGCUUCUUUUUAUCAGGACUGAUACAUUGGAGAAGCUUUGCUUAAGGUGAGGAAAAAUAACUUUUCAAAUGUAUUUAUUACAUGAAAAGGCCUUCUCGCUCCUGUUUGGUGCAUAUCUGUUUACAUGUGAAUAACUAGCUGCAUAAAACACACAGACAGGGAGAUGUUUCUGAAAUGUGAAAGACUAGUGAUUUUGGUGUGUUUUUUUUAAAAUGGGUUUUUACUAUGAAAGAUACUGAGAUAUAAUACACCAAAAUUCUAUAUUUUGUAAACUCUAUGGGAACAGGCACCCCAGCAGAAGAGCAACAGGUAAUCCACAUGUAGAAUUGCUGUAGUGGGGCAUACCACAUUGCUUUGUGAAGGGAUGGGAGAUGUAGGUUGGGCAAACUCCAUCCAGCAAACUAACUGAGCACUGGCAUCUAGAGUAGCAUCUGCCAACCAUUGGACAGGGCAGGAGCAGGGAUAUUUGGACUCAUCUAGUACCCCCAAAGAGUUGAGGAUCUUCUGUGACACCACCACCCUGCCACCCAGUGAUGAUCAUUGGUAUUUGGGAGAGGGGGAAAUGGUACCUAGGUUGAGCCUACCCACUCUUUCCCCAUCUAGUUCUCUAUCUGAGGGUUGUUCAGGGCUAUGCGAUGAUUCUGCCCUCCAGCUCUGCACCUAUCCAUGGGCAUGAAGCUGUAUGCAGUGCUCCCAGUCCUAUGGAUUGGGGCUGGGGGACUGUGCACAUAAGGGCACAGUGGGAGAUGUACAUAAGCUAUAGAAUUGUGUGAUGUUCUUUUCAUUAUUUUCUGAAUUGCAGACUUGGCAGUUUUCAGACAAAUGCUGUACAGGCCAGAAAACAAAUCAAACAACCCCCAAGCGUUGAAAUGUUUAGAAGAAAUAAAGUGCAUGAAACCUAUGAUUAAGCAGACAAGGGAAACCCAAAGGCUAGCACAACUACACUCAUUCUUGAUAUUAAAAGGAGCUGAGUUCAAGAAAUAAUAGUGGAUUCACAAUUCUGAAAUUGUUAUUUAUCAGAGGAAUUAUGGGGACAGCCAACUUCCAGUCUGUGUGUUUGAACUACAGCAGAUGAGGCAAGAUUUUCUGUUUAGAAGACUAUGUUUAUAACUCAUGUAAUGACUUUCUGUUGAAGCACCUAAGUUUUUUUUUUUUUUUUUGCACUCUUGGAUUGAUGUUGUGGAAGUUUUAUUCUGCUAUUGAUUCACACUGAUUGUGGAAUUCAUGCUGAAGAUUUAAGCUGCCCCCCCCCUAACCAAUAUUGCUAGGGCCUGUGAGGCUGUUGUCAUGUCCUAUCCUGUUGAAUAGUUUGAAAAAGAGGGAGUCGGGUCUUGAGUUAAAAGAGACGAGAAGGACUGUUAAUAGAUGUAUCACUGAAUUAAAUACAUUUUAAACUUUUAGAGGCAAAAAUCCCUUCAUAUUUUAUUAAAAAAAAUAUAAAAGCAUAAAAAGCCUAUAUAUUUUUGUAUUUCAGUGGGGGAAAUUUUUGAUAUUAAAUUUGGCUAUCUUAAAAAUUACAAAAACAUUUUGACUAUUUUUCCCCACUUUUCUCAGGGCAGAAUAUACAUAAUGUUCAUAACCUAAUGAUUGCCCACUGCUAGCAAUUAUGGCAUGGGCUUUUGUUUCUAUCUGACCAGUGAAUUUGUCAUACUGCUUAACACAACUGUAGCAUUAAACUGUUUUAAACUAGUUUUAGUAGCAUCUCACUCCCUUCCGUUCCCUCUUUUUCCACUAGGGCAUAUCCUGGAAUGGUAGAGCAGCCUGACUUCUAGAAAACUGCCAAGUCUGCCCUUGUACUAUAUUUUUCAACCUUUAGAAAAAUCCCCAUCUGAAUUGCAAAGGUUUUUAUACAGUACUGCAGCUUGUCCUUCAUCACCUUCCACCCUUUGUUUUUGUCACCAUUUUACCACUUUCAGUUUUUAAUUAAUAGCACAACAUAGGAUCAUUUUGUUUUUGGUUUGCCUCCUGCUUUGAAGUGUGCAUUCUUAACAUUUGAGCAGACCACCUUGCGCGAUUGUGUUGUCAAUGAAAUUUUCAGUCGCCUGUAUCUCUGACUGUGAUUGUUGACUGUGUCAUGAUCAUUUCAAGGGGUAUGCACUCUUUAUUUGGGCUCUUGCAAAAAUGGAUGCAGUUAUGAUUUCCCAUGGAAAUUGCAAUCUGUUUAAGUAAUUUAACAACUAUAUUAAACAUUGUUUAACUUGUGAA